AUGGGUCGUCCUCCUAAGAAAGUUAGUUUAGAGAACAUCCAGAGGUUCCAGCUGGAGCUUGAAAUGGCUGGGCAGGAUAUUAACCAGUUAUUGAAGGAUAAGAAAGGGCGUUCGCGAGCAUGUUUGUUGUGUCAGCGACGUAAACAGAAGUGUGACCAUAAGCUUCCGAGUUGCACGGCUUGUUUGAAGGCUGGAGUAAAGUGUGUUCAGCCAGCGCGGUAUGGGUACGAUGGAUCAUCUAGUGAACACCAGAGAAGUACAAGGGAGUCGUCACCGGCAGGUGUGAACUGGGAUGGAGUGAAGAAAAGUGAAGAUUCUCAUGCUGUUAAAAUUAUACCAGAUACUCAUAGUGUGCAUCCAAAACAAGGUGUGAUUACCAACAGGUAUGGCAGUAACGAUCCGGGGUCUGCUGUGAGUGAUUCGAGUAAUGAGGCGAAGGCGGUGAGUAGCAACAACAAUAACAACGACAGAUUCAACUUUGGAGAAUCGGAUAGUUCAAGAUUGACACAAUUGGCCAACGCUGCUGGGCAUGCCAGCACAUCUCCAGGGGUGCGUACAUACUCUAAUGGGAAGGAUAAAAAGUCCAAAACAAAACCUUCUCAUAAGGAUGGAAAGGAUGAAUACACACUGUUUUUGGAAAAGAAACUAAAGUAUUUGGAGAAGUUAGUGGAUAUGAGACCGGACUCGAACUCGUAUAAGGAACGGCUCAGCAAGUACAAGAAGAUUGCUCAUCUUCUAGAUAACGGAGAGCCCGAUCAAGAUGAUAUAACAUCGAUUUUGAAUUUAUCAGAGAAAUCAGCUGAUGCGCAAGCAACUGUUUCUCCUGCUCAACAACAACAACAACAACAACAACCACAGCAGCAGCAGCAAUCUAAAAGAAUUCAGUCCCCUAUUCUACCGCUUCCUCCUAAGGCAGCAUUCCUUCCUUUACAUCAACAAAGCCAAAAGUCCCAACAGCCUUCCGGGCUAGUAAAACCUCCUCAUUCACAUGAACGUGUAUUGAGCUCAUUGGCAUCAGAUUCCCUUGAAUCAAUAGACUACUCCCGCUGCAUUUUUGCAAAAUACAACUUAAAAGAGUUCCUCUCUUAUGAUCCUGCAUUUGAAUUUGAUGAACAGUUAAGUAGAGCAUUCUUGGACACAUAUUUCACAAGGCUUCAAUUUAAGUACCCACUUUUGGAUGAGCAAGAAAUAUAUACCUUCCAUGAUGACUAUAUCAACGACAAUGUUCAUUCUUAUUCUACAAAUGAGUUCCACUUCUCUUGUGGGAGAAUGUGGUUAGUAUUCAGUAUUGCAGCCCAUUUACACAAAACAACCGGGAAAUAUCAAGGAUUGCCUCCAAAUAGAUACUUCUCGACUGCAAUCCGCCAUAUAACUAAAUGUGGGACUAAUCUUACUUUUGUGCAGCAGAUUGAAGUUCUAACACUACUUAUUCUUUACAUUAUCAGGACAGAUCGUGAUUCUAUCGGAUUAUAUGAAAUCAUCAAAGAUGUCACCAAUAUUUGUAAAAAUAAACUCUAUUUGAAUAAAUGGAAUCCCAAGGAUCCAUUCGCUAAUAAGAAAUUAAGAUUAUUUUGGUGCGUAUACCUCAUCGAACGAAUGAUAUGUGUUGCAGUAGGGAAACCAUAUACUAUAGCAGAGUCAGAAAUUGAUCUUCCGUUAUUCAAUAAAGACAGCUUCUACACAAGAGAGGCUGAUAUGAAAAUUCACGAACACGGUGUUCAUUUUAUCAAUCAAUCGUUAAAGCUUCGGAGGAUCGAAUCUACUUUUGUAGAACAACUAAACAUCAUAUCACAAAAAACUGGGACCACUUCCAUCUCAUCAAGUGUUACCAAUCAGAAAAAAUUAAGCACUACGGAGAAGUCAAAAUUACAAGCACAGUUACCACAGGUUAAGAAAUUUUUCCAAGAUUUGGAAAUAUGGAGAUCAAACUGUUCCAUAUCACGAGUUAGAAAUUUCGAAAAUGAAACCUUAAAAUUGUAUUACUAUAGAUCUGUUAGACUGCUAUUGCAGCCAUAUUUGGAACUUCUAGAGCCACAGGAUCGUUUAUUCAAAGAAUGUCAGGCAGCAGCAGGUCAAAUUUGCCAGUUAUACAAAAUAUUUCAUCAGAAGACUGUAUUCGGUCAUUCGACGCCUGCAGUCCACACAGUGUUUGUGGCUGGUGUAACAUUAAUAUACUGCAUGUGGUUAGCUAGAAAUUGGGAUGAUGAAAGAAGGAGGAAAUUGGGCGAUGUGUCCAAGCAUACAAGACCGUUGGUGAGUGGCCUACUCUUUUCUACUAUGGAUGAUUUAAGAGCAUGUUCGGUAUGCUUAUAUGUAAUGGCAGAAAGAUCGAAAUUUGCUAUUAUUUUCAGAGAUACGUUCGAUCAAUUAAUGAACGCUACGAUCGGAAAUUUAAUUGAACGUUGUGGUCCGGAUUCAUCUGAAUUAAUAUAUGUUACAAGUUCGAAGAGAGGUGAGACAACUCCAACUUUGAUCACUAUACCAGAUAAGAACCAUGAUAAUGAUGACAGUAAUAAAGAACUAGAUAGAAAGGGUAUGCCUCCGGCAAUGAAAAGAACAUUUGGUGAAUUUCAAGAGUCGGCUCACGCGGGUUUCGUUGCAAACAGCCAAAUUGAUAUUGAAGAACAAAUGGAAAGAAAACGUAAGCAAGGAGUAUUACAGAAAACGUCAGUCCCAAAAUCAUUAUCGCAUCUACUAGUGAAGUUAGAGGAUGAAGAACAAAAGGAUGAUAAACCAGUUGACAAGGCCACAAAACCAUCUCCUAAACCAAAGGUAAGUUCAACUACCGCGUCUGACGUUCUCACCCCACCAGACCAAAACAGUAUUGGUAAUAAAUAUAUUGUUAAAAAGCCAUCAAACGUAACAGAAUCUGACUGGGAAAUAUUCCAGCAACAGGCUUUCUUACAGCAACAUCAGGCUCAACAAAACUUACAGGCAUACCUCUCUUCUCUAAAUGGUACAAUAGAACAAAAUGCAGGUCAUUCACUUCGCAAACCUAACUUAGCAGACUCUCAACUCAUCAAUAGGACUACUGUCAACCAACCAAGCCCAGCGCAACAACCUUCUUCUUUAAAUGCAAUUAACGAAGGUCAUAUGAUGUUUUCUAAUGUGGAAGCCAGACCGCCAAUUCAGACGUCUAAUGGCUCAUCGCCUGCUGGUUGGCAACAAGGAAACGCGGAAAUACUUUCUAGAAACCAAACUGGUUUCGCGAAGUCUCCUAAUGCAAAUUUGCAACCGAUGUCUUUUUCAAUCGAUCCCUCGCCCAGACCCAAUGACAAUGGUAUUAUCUUUAACAAUGGGACUCAUACCAUGAUUAACAAUAUUUCAACCUGGACGAACGACUCUGUAUUGGACUUAAUGAACAACAACAAUACAUAUACUGAACCAGUAAAUGGGGGUGUAACGAAUGGCAACGGCGGUCUCCAGACAAGUACAACAUCAGAUGGGCAGAAGCCUUAUGUUAUACCAAACAGGGACAACAACCCUGGGCCAUUUAAAUUUAACCCCUCGAUUAAUUGGAGGAAUUCUUCAUUUACCAAUAUGAAUAUACGCCAGCAAGACGGCCAUCAGUCACAGAGACUGGAUAAUCAUCAGGAUCAGCAGCAGCAACCAAACCAACAACAAAUUGAGGCUAUGUUGUCAGUGCCAGUAGAAGAGUUCUGGACCGUUAAUGACGAUUAUGGAUUCCUUGCUUAG